UAGUUAUUUAGUCAGUAUUUUAGGAACGUAGCCAGCCCGUGGUGAUCAAAAAAACAAAAUGCCCAGAACGUCAAAAUCCGGUUAAAAAGAACAGUCACCCGUAGAAAAUUACAAAAAAACGAAAGUGAAUAUCUUAUAUUUGAUCAAUUCGAGUUCCCAGUCUGAGGACGCUUUCGCAAAGAAACGAAUCAGAUUGGGAAAAUAUCGAUUUGGGAAUCCGGGUAUCGACACGAUGGCCCAAAACCAAAAGCCACUAUCCACGGGUCGAGUUCGCAACACGUCGCUAGAACUGGAGAACCAGCUAAUUGGCGGCAAGUAUCGGGUGAUGAAGCCGAUUGGAUCCGGAUCUUUCGGCGAUAUAUAUCUGGGACUGAACAUAAAGAAUGGGUCCGAGGUGGCCAUCAAAGUGGAGUCGAACGAUGCCAAGUAUCCGCAACUGAUGUACGAGGCCAAGGUGUACGAAAAGAUGAUAAGCAGUCCGGGAUUUCCGCAGCUGCUGCACUUUGGCAGCGAGCAGAACUUCAAUGCCAUGGUCAUAGAGCUGCUCGGUCCUUCGCUCGAGGAGCUCUUCAAUCUCUGCAAGCGGCGAUUCUCCCUGAAAACCGUCAUUAUGCUGACCGAUCAACUACUGAUGCGACUGGAGUGCGUCCAUGAGCACGGCUUCAUACAUCGCGACGUCAAGCCCGAUAACUUCCUGAUGGGUCUGGGAGAGCAAAGCAAUAAGCUGUACCUCAUCGAUUUCGGCCUAUCCAAGAGGUACAAGGACAGCGAUUCGCAGACCCACAUCCCCUACCGCAAGGAUCGCAAUCUCACGGGCACCGUUCGCUACGCCUCGAUAAAUGCCCAGAUGGGAGUGGAGCAGUCCCGCCGGGACGACAUGGAAUCCCUGUGCUACUGCGUCAUGUACUUUAAUCUGGGCAAAUUGCCCUGGCAGGGUAUCACGGCCGCCAACAAGAAGCAGAAGUACGAGAAGAUAUUGGCCAAGAAGAGCAGCGUUACGAUUGCGGAGCUCUGCAAGGGCUUUCCCUCCGAGUUUGCGCUGCUGUUGACCUACGUCCGAAAUCUUCGCUUCAAGGACCCACCGGACCAUGUCUAUUUGCGCCAACUCUUCGGCAUUCUCUUGCGAUCUCUGAACCACCAGUACGACUUUAUAUACGACUGGACCCAGUUGCAGCAGCAGCAAAGAGAUCGUCUACGUCGUUCUAAGGAACGUGAACGGGAACGCGAGCGACAAGUGGAUCGGAAUCGCGAGCGGGAAAAGGAGCGCUUGAGGGAGGAACAGGAUCGCCGGCUCAGGACUUCCACACAGCAGGCGGAUCGCUCCCAUAUCCGCCUUUCGAGCAAAUACGAUCGCAUUGGCGAUGGGGCCACCAGCAAGCGAAAAUAGUAGCCACAACAACUUUUUGUACCACAUAUCAAAAUUAGUUUCAUUUAAAAGUUAUGUGGUCCACGUUGGGAUCCUUA